GUUGUGGACAACCCGAUUGCGGUGUACCGCGCCGCUGAGCUCGCACAAGACAGAGCACUACUGUCAUGCGCGAUGCAAUAAAAGCGCAUCAAUAAUUUUAAUUUGGUUGUCGUUUGUGCUCUAUGUAUGUGUAGUUAUUGUUGUCCAUUAUGUUCAGUUUUGUUUACGUCUCGCAAAUAAAUAUGUUGUACCCCUUUUAACGUGUCGCGAAUAAAGUUGUUUUAAUUAGUUAAAUCGUGCGCGUUAUCAUUCCCUGAUGUAGGGACACCGGUCCGAACACCGUCCGGUUACCGCGGUACAAAAGUGGCGACGAGAAUUCGCGAGUGAGAGUGGAUUUUCGCAGUGAAAAAAAUCGACUGCACCAUUCCGUCACCCGCGCGAAAGAAACGCAAACGGAGUGCGAUGGCUGACGAAGAUCGCGAAAGUGCGCGAAAUGGUGUCGACCCCCCGGGAGUGAGUAAUCAUCGCCAGGCAAUUAACCAGCCUAUCAUCCCGGCGGCGGCGGCGGCGGUGGUCCAUCAGCAGCAGCAGCAGCAUCCAAUCUACGUCCCCGUCGUGUCAACACACCAGCAGCAGCCGUUCAUUCCUGUUUCUACCGCCCAGCAUCAACAGUAUGUACCCUUCCCACCCCACCAACCGCAACCGCAAGCCCCCCACACCGGUAAUGAAGCUCUGCUCAUUCAAAUCGUGCAAAUGAUGCAGCAGCAGUUGUCGCAGCAUAACGAGUUGAUGGCCCAGCUCGUCCAGCGGCAAAAUCAUACCGACGACCAGCAGCAACAGCUCCUUCGCGGCAUGACGUCACCAAUCAAUGUGCAGGUACCACCCAACCCGGAACAAAUCCUUGAUUCCCUGGCGAGCAACAUUAAGGAAUUCCGGUACGAGGCCGAAAGCAACGUCACUUUCGCGGCGUGGUACUCCAGGUAUGACGAUCUUUUCGAGAAGGAUGCUGCUAGGCUCGACGACGAAGCGAAAGUACGCCUACUAAUGCGGAAAUUGGGCUUGGCGGAGCACGAAAGGUAUGUUAGCUACAUUUUACCUAAACUACCGAAGGAAUUCACCUUCGAGCAAACGGUGAGUAAGCUCAAGUGCCUUUUCGGUGCGAAAGAAUCGGUAAUCAGCCGACGAUACCGAUGUCUACAGAUAGCGAGAAAUCCCACAGAGGAUCAUGUGGCUUUCGCAUGCAGGGUCAACAAAGCUUGCGUUGAAUUCGAGCUAGGCAAGCUCAGCGAGGAGCAAUUCAAGUGCUUGGUCUACGUGUGCGGCCUGAAGUCGGAGAAUGACGUCGAGAUUCGAACGCGCCUCCUCACCAAGAUUGAGGACAACAACGACGUCACCCUAGAGCAACUCUCCGAGGAGUGUCAGCGGCUUUUCAACUUGAAGCAUGACAGCGCGAUGAUCGAAUCGCCGACUCCUUACGGCCAAGUCCAAGCAGUGCGCAAGUUUGGUGGGAAGCGGUUCAACAAGCGUGACCGAGAAGUGAAGCGUCCUUCCAGCGACACCGGGAAGAAGCCAAAUACCCCGUGCUGGCUUUGUGGUGCGCUCCAUUACGUCCGGGACUGCAGUUACAGGAAUCACAAGUGCUCCGAUUGUGGCCAAUUCGGACAUCGUGAGGGAUACUGCGAGAGUGCCAAGCCCCGGAAACCAGGACACCGACGCUUCAGGAAACCCGACGUGUCGAGCAAGGUGGUAGUCGUCGACGUAUGCAGCGUGCAGCAGCGCCGCCGUUUCGUCUCCGUUGGCCUUUCAGGAACGGACAUUCGGCUGCAACUCGAUACCGCCUCCGACAUCACCGUCAUCAAUCGAGAAACAUGGCGGAAACUCGGCAGCCCGGCUCUAACGCCGGCCACAGUGAAUGCAAGGACAGCCUCCGGCAACAUCCUUUCGCUCGAUGGAGAAUUCGAGUGCGACGUCACCAUCGGAGAAAGCACGCGGCGCGAAGUGAUCCGCGUCACCGAGAAACAAAUUCUUCUGCUCGGUUCCGAUCUGGUGGACAGUUUCAAUCUCUGGUCCGUUCCCAUGGACACCUUCUGUUGCCACGUGUCAGGCUCUCCCACGUCUACCGCUGCACUCAAGUCGACCUUUCCCAAGGUUUUCAGCGACCAGCUCGGCUUGUGCAGUAAAACCAAAGUGAAGUUGGAGCUGAAAGAAAGCGUCCGACCCGUCUUCUGCCCGAAGCGUCCGGUGGCGUACGCAAUGUACGAUGCCGUCGACCAGGAGCUCGACCGACUGGAGAAACUCGACAUCAUCACUCCGGUCGACUAUUCCGAGUGGGCAGCUCCCAUCGUUGUAGUCCGCAAAGCCAACGGGUCGAUCCGAAUUUGCGGAGACUACUCCACGGGUUUGAACGCCGCUCUCCAACCAAACCAAUAUCCGCUUCCACUUCCGGACGACAUCUUCGCCAAGCUUUCCGGCUGCACGGUCUUCAGCCAAAUCGAUUUGUCCGACGCCUUCUUGCAAGUGGAAGUCGACGAACAGCACCGCAAGUUGCUCACGAUCAACACGCACCGUGGCCUCUACUCGUACAACCGCCUACCGCCGGGUGUGAAAGUUGCACCUGGUGCCUUCCAGCAGCUCAUCGACACCAUGCUAGCCGGCCUGGAGUGUACUUCCGGCUAUCUCGAUGACGUCAUCAUCGGCGGUAAGACAGAGGAAGAGCACGAUCGCAACCUGCGGGCCGCCUUGAAGCGAAUCGAAGAGUUCGGCUUCACCAUUCGUGAGGACAAGUGCACGUUUCGGAAGCAGCAAGUGCAGUACGUCGGGCAUGUCGUGGACAGUCGCGGGCUCCGUCCGGAUCCAGCCAAAAUCGAGGCGAUCGUCAAGCUUCCGCCUCCCACCGACGUUUCCGGAGUACGGUCCUUCCUGGGGGCCAUCAACUAUUACGGCAAGUUCGUCCCCAACAUGCGCAAGCUACGAUACCCGCUCGACAAUCUCCUCAAGGCAGACGCGAAGUUCAAGUGGACUCCGGAGUGCCAGCAAGCGUUCGAGCAGUUCAAGCGAAUCCUCUCCUCGGAUCUUCUCCUCACGCACUACGAUCCGAAGCGGGAGAUCAUCGUUUCCGCCGACGCUUCUUCCGUUGGACUAGGGGCAACGAUCAGCCACAAGUUCCCCGACGGCACCGUCAAGGUCGUCCAACACGCAUCCCGAGCACUUACGAAAGCAGAGCAAGGCUACAGUCAGCCCGACCGUGAAGGUUUGGCCAUCGUCUUCGCCGUUACGAAGUUCCAUAAAAUGCUCUUCGGCCGGCAUUUCCGGCUCCAAACCGACCAUCAGCCUCUGCUCCGGAUCUUCGGGUCCAAGAAAGGUAUACCAGUCUACACUGCCAACCGCCUUCAACGCUUCGCCCUCCAUCUGCUGCUGUACGACUUCGACAUCGAAUACGUGCCCACCCACAAGUUCGGCAACGCGGACCUGCUCUCCCGGUUGAUCAACCAGCACGUGAAGCCCGACGAGGAUUACGUUAUCGCUAGCGUCAACCUAGAAGAGGAUCUAAGGUCAGUUAUUUCUAGUUCCCGUAAAAUGUUGCCUCUCCAUUUCAGAGCCGUCGCGCAAAGCACCCAAGCAGACCCACUGCUCCGCCAAGUCUACCACUACGUCCAAAACGGUUGGCCCCAGUCAAAACUAGCCGGGCCUGAUCUUCAACGGUUCCAAUCCAGGCAGGAAUCGCUCUCCGUGGUAGAUGGGUGUCUCAUGUUUGCGGAACGGCUCGUCAUCCCGUCGCUGCAUCGUAAGCGCUGCUUGGAACAGUUCCAUCGCGGCCAUCCCGGAAUGCAGCGAAUGAAGGCCCUCGCUCGAAGCUACGCCUACUGGCCCAGCAUGGAUACCGACAUCACCGACUUCGUCCGAGCAUGCCAGCAGUGUGCGUCCGUAGCUAGAUCGCCUCCUCACUCUCCACCGAUGCCGUGGCCCAAACCGACCGCUCCGUGGCAACGCGUCCACGUCGACUACGCCGGUCCGAUCGAAGGCGAGUACUACCUCCUCGCAGUCGACUCGUUCUCCAAAUGGCCAGAGAUCGUCCAGACAACCCGUAUCACCUCAGCGGUGACAGUUUCUAUUCUCCGUGGGUUGUUCGCUCGGCUGGGUAUGCCCGCAACGUUGGUCAGCGACAACGGUACCCAAUUCACCAGCGCUGAAUUCGCCGAGUUCUGCACCUCCAACGGCAUCGAACAUCUCACGACGGCCCCGUUCCAUCCGCAAUCGAACGGCCAGGCGGAACGUUUCGUGGACACCUUCAAGCGGGCCGUGAAGAAAAUCCGAGAGGGGAGAGGAUCGAUGCAAGAGGCACUGGAUACCUUCCUCCUGACGUACCGAAGCACGCCCAACCGGGCUCUUCCAGACCAGAAGUCGCCAUCCGAGGUCAUGUUCGGGCGCAAAAUCCGCACGUGCCUCGAGCUUCUGCGUCCUCCGCCGGUACGGACACCGGUGCCCACAUCGAACGACUGCAAGCAACCGAGAUCCUUCCACCGAGACGACCCCGUUUACGCCAAACUCCACGUUCGUAACGGUUGGAAGUGGGUUCCCGGUAAAAUCAUCGAGAAGAUUGGAGACGUGAUGUACAACGUGUGGGUCGAGAACCGUCGAAUGUUGCGCUCGCACAUCAACCAGCUCCGGAGUCGUAUGGCCACUGACACGACGCCGAAGCAAUCCGCUGGUCAGGUCACCUCUCGCCAGCAUUCGCUACCACUCGACAUCCUGUUGGGUGCCUGGAACUUGCCAAGCCAUUCGCUAAGCACACCGACGUCAGCCACACCUUCGAUCGCGCCAAGAUCUGUGUCUGUCUCCAGUCCCGAGCCUACCCUGAUAGGUUCCGAGCCGGCUUGUGCCUCGUCUACGCCACGGCACGAGCUCCCGGCAGUCCCGUCAACGUCAUUGUCAUCGCCAACAUCAACAUCGACCGAUUUCGAGUCCGCUAUUGAAGUGGAACCAAUGGUAGAGCUACCUAGGCGUUCUUCACGUACCCGAAGGCCGCCAGUCAGGUUCGACCCCUACCAGCUCUAUUAAGAGGGGAGAUGUUGUGGACAACCCGAUUGCGGUGUACCGCGCCGCUGAGCUCGCACAAGACAGAGCACUACUGUCAUGCGCGAUGCAAUAAAAGCGCAUCCAUAAUUUUAAUUUGGUUGUCGUUUGUGCUCUAUGUAUGUGUAGUUAUUGUUGUCCAUUAUGUUCAGUUUUGUUUACGUCUCGCAAAUAAAUAUGUUGUACCCCUUUUAACGUGUCGCGAAUAAAGUUGUUUUAAUUAGUUAAAUCGUGCGCGUUAUCAUUCCCUGAUGUAGGGACACCGGUCCGAACACCGUCCGGUUACCGCGGUACAAAAGUCUGAUAGUAGUGUAAAAUUUUUAUAGAUUUUUCUCAAUAAUUUAAUUUAAAAAACAUUUUCAGAUUCAGCUAAUAUUAACACACAGGCUUUCAUGGAAAGUAUUCGAACUUGAUGAAGAGAAAUUAUAUUACAGUUAUAAUGAUACUGUUGCGCUAGCAUGAAGCAUAUUGCUGAAUUCCAUUGAGAAAACGCAAAUUUCUGCUGUAGAGUUCGAGAUAGCCUUAAGCUAGAACCACAGACAAACAGACGUAACUCUCUGAUAUUUUGCAUCGUACACCGAUUCAACGGUCUAUUUAAAAAUUUGAUAGUUGGCCAACUGAUCACCCGUGGCGCUCGCAUCGUUUUUGCUCGAGUUUGACGUUUGCUCACUACCGCCACCUAGUUGAUGGUCGGCCAAACUCAGUCAUUUUAGCAUUGGGCGAAUAUGUUUCGUGACUAUGAUUUGAUUCGCUAAAUGUCCGAAGUGUUACGUCUGUUUGUCUGUGCUAGAACAUUAUAGGGUGACAGUGGGUAUUAUCGGCAGGUUUGUUCUCUUCGUCAUGGGGAGUUUUUGUCAGCCAAAUUGCCUGAAACUUGGCCAUAUAAUUCAGUUUAGUUGGGAAGGAUGUGAGACCAACUCUGAGUUCAAUAGGUUUCAAAAAACCCCU